AUGUGUUCUCCAACAAGUAAGCUAAGUAAAAAGUACUCGAUAGAACUAGCAAAUGGUAAACUGAUAGAGACUAGCGAAGUCGUUCGUGGUUGUAGUAUUCAGUUAGACGAUCAUAGUUUUACUAUCGACUUAUUGCCAGUGGAGCUGGGUAGUUUUGAUGUAGUUGUGGGGAUGGAUUGGCUCUCCAAGAAUAAAGUUGAGAUUAUUUGCUCGGAGAAGCAAGUGAGGAUACCUCGUCCUGGUGGUGGUGAAGCAAUAGUUGUUCACGGAGACCAAUCGAGUCGAGUGUCGAGUGUUGUUAGUGUUAUGAAGAGGCUUAAGAUGUUGCGUAAGGGUUAUCCUGCAUUCUUAGUUAACGCAGUGGAUACAAAGGCUAAAGGAAGGAAGAUCGAAGAGAUUCCUAUAGUUCGCGACUAUCCAGAAGUUUUCCCUGAAGACUUAUCUAGAUCGCCCCCUGCAAGACAUAUCGAGUUUAGAAUUGAUCUGGUACCCGGUGCUACACCAAUUGCAAAAUCUCCUUAUAGAUUGGCACCGUCAGAGAUGAAAGAAUUGUCGAAUCAGCUUCAAGAGCUACUAGACAAAGAUCUCGACAAAGAUUACAAGACUUCAAAGUAUUAG